AUGUCCCAGCAAAUAACUUCUUUAGUUUUUAAAAAGGAGUCGGAGGGAGGUAUACCCGAAUGGGCCAUAGUGGAGCUACAGGGGCUGAUACAAACAAAGAAGGAAUCCUUGGAUGAGCCGACGGUCGUUGGCGACUUGCACUACUAUAGGCGAAACCGUCACCCGGUUCUUAUUCUUGGUCAUCACGUCCUGAAUGGGAAAGAAGUGAAACUAGAACAACCAAUGGCGGUUAUUGAAAAAAUAAAUACGUCAGAGAAAACCGAAUACAAAGUGAGAGCGAUCGUCAAAAAGAAAAUUUUAUUCAAGUCCAGACCGAAGCCCAUUAUAUCAAAUGUCGCAGAAAAAGUAUAA